AUGUCAGGAAAUGCCUCCAAUACUUUAAAGUGUGUAGCUAAUGCUAAAGACCACCUUUCAGCUUGUCAACAUGUGCAGGAAUUUCUGAAAGUGUUCUGCGAGAAUGACGACUUCCUUGCUCAGAGGAGGAAGGUCUUGCGUUUGCGAGCAGGGUUGCGGGAUGAAGAUCGCCGACUAGUUCCCAAGUUCCGCUUCUUGAUCUUGGAGGGAAAACGAACUACAGAAAGAGAGGUUGAAUCAGACCACAACUUUGAGCUGGUCCUUCAGUACAUGGCCUCUUUUGCCCAUGACCUCCCUCGUCGGAAAGAGCUGGAAGAUUGGAGUUCAGUGGAGGCUGGUGCGCUGAUGGAUGCGGCUAGCUAUUGCAUGAACCGGUUUCAACGCAAUAUCGGGGCUAGGCCUGGCCAUGAGCGAAUGGAGCAAAUCAAGACAGUGAUCAGGGUGAAGUUGGAGGCCGUUGUCGACCCUGCGACAGUCGACACCCAACUUCCAGAAGACCAUGCCCUCUACGAGCCCAGCCCGUCACCCGUCCAUGCCAUGCGGGAUCUGGAUUCCCCCGGUGUUUUGUUAAGGGGCUGCUCUACCUCUGACCUGGAUGGACACGUGAAUACAACCCUUGAAGCACUGGAUGAUGCCCAUGACACCCCGGGUUUCGAAGAAGAACAGCCUGAAGAAGAGGAGUUAACCCAUGAUGAAGAUGUAGAUGUAGAGGAAUACCAGGACAACAACACUGUGUUGGAAAUUGAGUCGGAUGAGGAGUGUUGUAUGUCACCUGCUUGCAAACAACCCCUGAAAGAUGCUGCUGAUUCUACUGGCAAUGUUCCCAAGGAACAUAUUGCACCAGAGGCCCCCAUGUCAGAAAAGCAUGUGGUUGACACUGGUGCGCUUGGCAGUAGCCCCAAAGAAGACCCCGAAGCUGCCCCAAAGAAGGAUCUUUUGGGAGGCAACCCUCCAGAUCCAUCAAAAGGUCCCGUUGCCACGACAAAAGAAGAAUCAGAAAAGGUAAAAGAACAGAAAGCAGCAGAGGAAUGUGAAGACGACGUGUUCAGUGCCCCAGAAGAAGAGAUGGAAAGCUCAAGAAAUCGUGGUACUUUCAAGGACCGAAGACCUUUGGUCGCGGUGACCCCAGUUCCAGAGGACUUGGAGAAAAAGGUGGAUGAGCUUCAUUCAUCUUUAAAUGUGGAAGAGAUGACUGAAGAACAAGCGAAAGCUGAACUGCUCAAGGCAUUCUUGGGAAGUAUUGCCCAACAAGCAAUUCGUGAAAUGCAGCGAGAACAGCAAAUGGAGUGGGAGGAUCCUGAUAAGUACUACGCUGGUCUUCUUGACUCUGAAGAUCCUGAGUCAAAGGGAAAGUCGAAGGGCAGGGGUCGAGCGCGAGGUGAACCAUCGGCAAGCUCUGCAGCAAUUGAGCGGAAGGCAGUGGCCACUGAUGGAUCGGAUGAUUUGCCUGUUAGCUCCCCAGCAAAGAAACCGAGACAUGAAAUGCCCAAGAGCCCAAAGGUUAAGUCCACAAAUGCGAGGAGAAAAUUGUUGGCCGAAAAAUCUCCUGGGGGUGCUGCAAAGAAGGCAAAGCAUGUUGCAGCUGGACCUGAUGAGAGGAACGAUGUGGAGGAGCAUGAACCUGAAGCUGAUGUUCGUGCACACGUCCAUCAAGAGCACCCAGGAACCACUGAAGAUCUACAAGAGAAGAAGAAAGCACAACAGGAAAAAAGCAACAAGGCCAAGCUUGCCAAUUUGGAGCUGCUGAAGAAAUCUGUGGUGGGGGACCCUUUGCUCGAGCUGCCAUCUGAGGAGGGUCUUGCGAAUCAAAAGCUGGUCCAAUCGAGAUCUGCACAGGCCGCGUUUUAUGUCCCAUGUGUGAACGACACCGUGCUGAAGAAGAUCAAUGAAGCAACAGCCCUGGAUCUCAAGGCCAAUGCACAAUCUGGCGUCAGCCUGUCAUGGAUGAAGCGUGGUGGUCCGCUCUUGGCGCUUGACUUGGACGUGGUCGAUGCCUUUGCUGGAGAUUGGAUUUGUGGCAAUUGUAAAAUUGGUGCUGCGCCUGCGUCCGGGGGGUGUUGGCUUCCAUCGUUGGUCAAGAAACUCACCAACCGGGACCGUGCCCGGAUCGCCAAAGGGAAACAGGACAAAUCCAAGGCCAUGGUCAUCCGACGUCAGAACAAAGCAGGUAAAAAGACCGUGCAAGGCGGACCCGGCAUGAAAGGGUCAGCAGCUUAUCCAAAGCCCUUCGCUAAAAAGAUCAUGACGCUUCACAUGGCAGAUUCCUCUGAAGCACCCUUUGGGCAGUCCGGUUUGCCAGACAAGAUUCACGAGGCGCCCUACCGCUGGAGACAUGCAAACCUCACUUCAGUGAGGGAUCUGCUCAAGCAGGAGGUGGCGGCUGGCCACUACGUUCCCAUUUUAAGCCGGGGGGUAGUGGCUGUGCCUGUCAUGGCAAGCUUAGCGGGUUUACCUCCUGAUGUUGCCCGGGUGCUGCAAGAAGCUGCACGUCGUGCUGAAAGGCACGCUGUGCUAGAUAGCGCCAUGACACAGAUGCAACGGCUACUUAACAUUCCUGUGGCACCCGAGUUGCGCACUGAAACAGCAGCAGCACCCACAGCAGAGCAAGAGGUGCCACCCCGGACUGAGACUGCAGGAGCAAGCCCAGGUGCUUCAACAGUUCCAGGCAAAGAAGACGAGCUUGGAGCAGCUUUGCAGGCUUCUGCUACUGGUGUGCACACCCCCCGUGACAAGAUUCGCAAGGGUCAGUCAUGUGAUAUCAACAAUCCAUCCCAUGAGAAAAUCUCUGGCCCUCGUGGACAUGCACGUCGUCCCCGAAGGAAACAUGUUAGGAAGGCUUGUGAGAAGGCUAAGGAAAGGGGUGGUUUCACAGCAGGGCGUGAAGUUGGUUCAGUUCCAGCCUCUACAGAAAAUGAGCAGGCAAGCAAUGGUAAAAAAUGUACAGCAGCCAAGUCAGCACCACCUGCCCCCCCUCUGGGUCACACAGGGAAUGAGUCAACGCCAGCUGGCAAGCCUACUGUUGGAAAGACAGAGCCGUCUAGUGCAAGCAGAGCAGAUGCCGUGCAGCAAGUGAAGGCUGAUAUGUUGCAACGAUCAGACACGCAAGACCAACUUGGCACUCCAUCACAUGCACCCGCUGUGGGUGUAGCUCCAGCAGUUUCUUCGAGCCACCCGCCCCCUGCAGUUACCCCCAGCCAACCGGCCCGUGAGAGCACAGCACCCACAGUAGCCGGAACACAUGCAACAGUACCAAAGGCCGCGCCAACUGUGCCAGCACCUGAUGCAAGACACACAGCACCACGCACUGCAGAACCCAAAGCGCCACCAGCAGCACUCCCAGCAGCACCCCCAGCAGCACGCCCAGCAGCACGCCCAGCAGCACCCCAAGCAGAAACCAGCAACAACACAACCAAUGCUGGGAACACCAUGGGGGGUGAUGGCUCAGACUCUUCCCCUCCCUCGCCAGUUCCAUCACCAUCUCUGGCACCAUCUGUGACACCAUCCGUGGCACCAUCAACCAGUGCGACAGACCCCCCUGCUCCCACUGGAAGAAGAAGGCGUGCCCGAACUGUGGAAGAAAAAGCCAUUCAUGCAAGGUUUAUGCGCUUUACCCGCAGCAUCAGGAGCAGCCAGCAGCUGCAAGUGCUUCUAGAUGAAUGGAUCACCUGCAAAGGUGAGUGGAGCAGAAGCACGCUUUGUGAACGGAUGACUGCUUCAAAGUCUGUGCGAAAGCACGGAGCACGUGUCUGGUUGACACGAAGCCAAAUAGCAGCGAAGUACAAUGAUCACAAUGUGGCAAUGGAGAUUUGCUCGGCAAAGCUCGAUGAUCCAGCUAUCAGGGAGACGCAGACGAAGCCGCAUCCAGAUGCACCGGAGAGCGAGGCAGAGCGGGCGUUGCGUCUUUUCCUUGUAUGGGAUAGCGAAGGGAUCCAAGAGUCAGAAGACCGUGUACUGCAGCAAAUCUUCGAGAGUGUCGAAGAUGAGACUGAUGCUAGCGAGUCAGAGGGAGGAAAGAAAAAAAAGGGAGGAUCGAAGAAGAAGGGGAAGCGCAGCAGGUCCGGCAGGUCCAGUGUGACUUCAAGGGCAUCGAGCAAUGACUCCUCGUCAGAGGUUGAGAAGAAAAAAAGGGAAAUUCUGCAGAAGGGCAAGAAGGCAUUGACCAAAAUGAAUGACCGCAUCGCGCUGGCCUCGAAGAAGCAGGAUGUCGUAUCGAACAUGCCGCCGAACCUCCGCUCAGCGAUUGAAGGUGAGCUGUAUGGAUACAAGCAGAAGCUCAUCGAUGCCCGAAAGAAGAUUCAACAUGGUGUGGACAACAACAAUGCAGUGGGAGUUGAGUCGGAAGUCGCUUCUGCAGACAAGAUCGACACUGACUUCAUGGACUUUCUGAUGGUGUUGUCAUUAGCAUCUUUGCCCGUUUGCAUCCGUGUGCCCGUGUGCUGUAGCAAAGGUCCCGAAGAAGAAGGCAUCUCUGCCACAUUGCACAAUGCGAUCUAUGAAGUUGAAAGUGGCGGAGCGAGCGUUGGCAAAGCAAUGAAGAAUAUCCAAGCCCAUGUGAAGGAUGCUGGGCAUGGAACAAAAGAGUCAACUACCUACCGCUUGGGUAAGCUCUCUGGCAAGAAUGCGUCUCGGGAUUGGUGGAGGACUUUCAAGGAUGGACCAGCCAUUGAAACUAUUCGGAUUCCUAUCAAGUACAAAGAUUUAAACGAUGGUCUCGACAAAUUUCGGCUGGAGGAUUGGCCAAUCCUAGAUCCACACAGUAUUGCGAACUUCCUGUGGACAAAAGGUGGCAUGAAAACACCAGAGGCAGCAUUGGAAGAAUAUUGGAACCACAACUCCACACAUGGAGAGCCCUGGGCCCAAAACGUUUCCCCCGAUGUUCAUCCUAUUGGCAUCUACGGGGACAGUGCGAGAGUCAACACCAAAUUUGGAUUCGUGUCUGUGGUGGGAAUAUAUUUCAAUUGUGUCCUUUGGAAACCGCAAUCGGUGCGAGCAAGUAGAUUUCUCGUUUGCAGCAUUCCAGAGCAUCAACUUUGGAAGCAUUUUACAUUGAACUGCAUUUAUAGACGUAUCGCGUGGAGCAUCACCGCAUUGGUGAAAGGGAUCCACCCUGAGAGUGGUCCCUAUGGAGAAGCAUUACCAAAGCACCUUCAUGAGUUACGUGGGCAAGCCUUGCCCCACAGGUGCAAAUUGACAGAGGUUCGUGGGGAUUGGAGUUGGCAUAAGAAAAUUUUCCGAUUCGAGCGAUGUUCGUGGAAUGGAAUUCAAAUGUGCCAUCAUUGCCCAGCACUUGCUGCAUCACAAGAUGCAGCUGACUUGUACUGGAAUUUUGAAAACAACAACUGGGACUCCCAUCUCUUCUCUUUGGAUGAGUUCAUCAACUACAGGAUGCCACGUCGUGCAAUGUGUCCUCUUGUGGGCAUACCUGGGUUUCACCCGUCAGUUGUACGAUGGUGCUUAAUGCACGUGUGCCACCUUGGCCUGUUGUUCGUGUGCAAUGGCAGUUCCAUGAAUUUGUUGCUACGUGCUGGGUGGUUUGGCAGUGAGCCUGACAUUCCUAUUUCGGUGAAGCUGUCCCGGGCAUAUGUUUCCUUCAAGGACUUCAUCAAGCUCAACAAAAUUGAAUGCUCGCAGCCAGAGUUCACAGAAAACAUGAUCUUCAAAAAGAACUCGGAUGUGCUGUUCACUGCAAAGGCCUUUAAUGGACGAGUGGUUCUGGAGAAGCACAUGAGCCGUUUCCUGGGCCAGUUGGAGCAAGCAGGUCGGUACUUGAAUCUUGGCACCUAG